UGAUGAAAAGAGAAAAAGAGGAGGGGCAAGUGAUCCAGGAGACAGAGAUGUUUUCGAGAGCUGUUUUUCCGAGGCAGAAUGUGAAAGAGAGAGAGAUAAAAGAAGUGGAUAGAGAUAACAGGACUGCAGCGGGGUGGACAGAGGGAUAUUAAUGCCCAUGUCAGUAAUCUCAAUGGAAGCAGGCAGCAUGGACACGAUCGAGGUCCCACGGGAUAAGAUUGUGAAAAAGGGAUCAAUCAAAAAGAAGAUAGAGAAGCUGAGGAGAUGGAGCACCUCUUCUGGUGGGAGCUUUAAACGUCCCCCCAAAGAGAAGACCCUUAGUCUUAGACAACCCACUGAGACAGAAGAAGAUUCAAGGGAGGGUGAAAGGGUGCGCAGAAAACUCAGACCCAUGGUGGCUUCUGUUUUUGGACAGGACAGAGAUCUGCGGCCAGAGGAAAUUGAAGAGCUGAAAGAAGCCUUCAGGGAGUUUGAUAAGGACAGGGAUGGCUUCAUUAGCUGUAAGGACCUGGGCGAGUGCAUGAGGACAAUGGGCUACAUGCCUACAGAGAUGGAGCUGAUAGAGCUUAGUCAGCAGAUAUGUGGGGGCCGAGUCGACUUUGAGGACUUUGUGGAGCUGAUGGGGCCUAAAAUGCUUGCAGAGACAGCAGAUAUGAUUGGAGUAAAGGAGCUGAGAGAUGCUUUCAGAGAGUUUGACUCUAAUGGCGAUGGUCAGAUCAGUCUAGCUGAAUUGAGGGAGGCCAUGAAAAAACUGAUGGGUGAGCAGCUAAACACCAGGGAGAUCGAUGAGAUCCUCAGAGAUGUGGACCUAAAUGGAGACGGGCUGGUGGACUUCGAGGAGUUUGUGCGGAUGAUGUCCCGCUAAACCCCUGCUAGAGAUUUACACACAAUCUGCCAUCAUCCUAUGAAGAAGGAGAUACUGCAGGUCCAGAAGAAAAUAAGCUCAUGUAUUUGUAUUAUACUAUCUCCCUAUACAGAGACACUUGUUUUAUCUUUUUCAGAUAGACUCCAGGUUUUGGAAACACAUUUAUAUUUAAAGGCAUCUGUGUAUAAUAUCUCACAUAAAGUAUAAUGCUUAAAAGUUGAAUAAAUCGUUCUGC